CGAGACAGAGAGACAGAGAGAGAGAGAGAGAGAGAGAGAGAGAGAGAGAGAGAUUGAUUCCUAAUGCGUUUUCACAACGCCGCACUCUCGGAGACGUUCUCGGUGAUUUUGAGAUCCGGUCUGAUUUUUACUGUAUAAUUUACGACGCGUUUCUUUUACCGCGGGCCGUUAAGAGAGAGAAGGCGAUAGAGAAGGCGAGAGCGCGCAGCGCGUCCCCGAUGGCGGGCUGGAAGGACGGCGCGGUGCAGGAGAAGUACCGACUCGUGGUGGUGGGAGGAGGCGGCGUGGGAAAAUCCGCAUUAACCAUCCAGUUCAUUCAGUCCUACUUUGUCACUGAUUAUGAUCCCACAAUCGAGGACUCGUACACCAAGCAGUGUGUGAUCGAUGAGAGACCUGCACGGCUUGACAUAUUGGACACGGCGGGACAGGAAGAGUUCGGGGCUAUGAGAGAACAGUAUAUGAGGACAGGAGAGGGAUUCCUGCUUGUCUUCUCUGUCACUGACCGGGGCAGCUUUGAGGAAAUCUACAAAUUCCAAAGACAGAUUCUGAGGGUGAAGGACCGGGAUGAGUUUCCCAUGAUCCUUGUGGGCAACAAGGCCGAUCUAGAACUACAGAGACAGGUGAGUCCUGAGGAGGGGCAGCAACUUGCUCGCCAGCUCAAAGUCACCUACAUGGAGGCUUCAGCCAAAAUCCGCAUGAAUGUAGACCAGGCUUUCCAUGAGCUUGUCCGUGUCAUCAGGAAGUUCCAGGAGCAGGAGUGCCCGCCCUCACCAGAGCCGACACGUAAAGAGAAGGACAAGAGCGGCUGCCACUGUGUGAUCGUCUGAUUGGUCCAUCACCAUUGCCACUCAUCCAGCUGCUAUCACCAAUCCCUGCCCCUUCCACCCUGCCUUUUGACGUCACAUCCUGUGUGGAUGAAUUGUUGCCUUUCUCACACGUGCAUGUCUUCAGAAAAAAAAAUGAAACACACACAGUAGCUCUGUGUGCUGGCGUCAUCUGACUCAGAGACACAACAACAUGAAGAACCAAACCUGUGAUGGAGCUCUGACGGAGCAUCUCAUCUUCACUUCACUGUACUGACAUCACAACACCCAUAAAGAUUAAUCCUAUAAUCUCGCCUCAGCACAACACUACACAUCUACACAUGUACUAAACAUGAACGCUUUUUGUUGCCUUACAGUGAUUAAAACAUCACGGAUAGACAACACAAGAAUGUUGAUGAAGAGGCUUUUAGCCAGCUUUGUGUUUCUGAAGCCUUUUUAGUGUCUUGUACCACAUUUGUCUUCUUUCUUGUGCUAAUCAUCUACUGAACAUCAGAAAGCAAAUUAAAAUCGUCUCUGUAUUAUCAGUUUGUCCACAGACAGAGUGACUGAGUGUAAUGUUCAUACAGGCCUUAAGCUCAUGCUGACUCUGGGAGUGAUGUUUGAAGGUUUGUUCUCUCAGUGUGUUACUAUGUCACUCUUUCAUUCUGUCGCUUGGUCACUUCGUCGCUCUGACUCUCCGUCAUCCUGUCACUCACUCCGUUGCUCUGUCGCUUCUGGUGAAAAUCUGAUUUUAAUGUGUUGAAAUUUUUGUGCUCUAGUUUCCUGCUUUCAGCUAUGGGGUUGUUUUUUUUUUUCUUGCCCUGUUCUGACUCUCAGGUUCUUCUCUUCACACUCUUUUUAUUUCCUCACUGUUCCUUGACAGCAGCGCACACCACGGUGCCUCCACAAGGACCAUCUCUGACAAGUUAUUAAACAGAAGUCAAUAAACUGGUCAUUUUUCAGGCCUUUAUUUGUUUGCAUAAACUGACGAUGUUUUUUUUUUUUUUAUUACGAUAAACUUCUUUGUGAUUUUGUUUUGCUGUUAAUCCACAACCUGAUUCUUCACCUACAGCUCUGUGCAAAAGUCUUAACAGAAAAUUCAUGUCUGUCUUUAAACUUUAAAUGUUACAGUAAACUUGUUCAUGAUAAGUUCUGCUCAUGAUCAAAGAGAAAUCUGCAGAAAUGUGAAGGGUUUAAAUCUUACAUUUUUCUUAUAAAACGAUAAAACACUUUGAGAACCGAAGCAGCUUUAAAGGCUUUAAACACUCAUAAAUACUGACUGGCUUUAGGUUAAAUAUUGAUAUUUUGUUUUCGUGAAUCAUUUUGAAAGAAUUCUCACUUCACAGAAUCUUCCUGGAUUUUUGCACAGUUCUGUACAUUAAUCAUGGGCGAUGAUUCAGAUGUCUUCAUUUGUGUGUUUGUAUAAAUAUGUGUGUGUGUGUAUGUGUGUGUGUAUGUGUGUGUAUAUAUGAGUGUGUGUGUGUAUAUAUGAGUGUGUAUAUGUGUGCGUGUGUGUGUAUAUAUGUGUGUGUGCAUGUGUAUGUAUAUAUGUGUGUGUAUGUAUGUAUAUAUGUGUGUGUGUGUGUGUAUAUGUGUGUGUGUGUAUAUAUGUGUGUGUGUGUGUGUGUGUGUAUAUAUGUGUGUGUAUAUGUGUGUGUGUGUGUGUGUGUGUGUGUGCAUGUGUGUAUGUACAUGUGCGUGUGUGUAUGUACAUGUGUGUAUAUGUACAUGUGUGUGUAUGUACAUAUGUGUGUGUGUGUGUGUAUGUAUGUGUGUGUGUAUAUGUGUGUGUGUGUAUGUGUGUGUGUGUAUACAUGUGUGUGUGUGUAUAUGUGUGUGUAUAUGUGUGUGUAUGUGUGUGUGUGUAUAUGUGUGUGUGUGUGUGUAUAUGUGUGUGUGUUUUGGCAGUUCAGAAAGUAACAUUCUCACACAUGCUGCUGUGUCACUGUUCCACAUUUCCUGUGUUUUAUUUGACUUUUGUCGUCUUCCUCUUUGCCUUCACAUGUUCCUAUAUGUGGGAUAAAACUCUUAGCUUUUGUUUUACUAACACUGUACUAUAAAAUGUUACAAACGGUGGAUGUGAUCAUCUGAACAACAUAAUUAAAUGUUUUUACUAUAUACUUUUAUACGUUAUUUUCUUAUCAGACUAGUUAAUGAGUAUUUUUAUAUGUUUGUAAGUGAAGAUUGCUCGUCUAGAAACAGCUCGACUGUGUGUGUAUGUAAAGAGGAGUAUUUAAUGAUCUCGGUUUAUGAUCAGUAUCUUAGAGCAGAUAAUAACGGGCGUUAAUAUCAUUAGCAGAUUAUUAUUAAGUGCAGACAGGAAGAUGUGCUAGCUUUCAGUCUAAAUGUUUAUCCUCAAGCACUUCCCAUGAUGCACUGUGUCUGGUGGGGAUGAGUUCUAACCUCUCGUGAGUCUUAAACCAAUUAUCUGAAGCUGAAGCUGCUCUCAGAUUAGCAGAAAACAGCAGCAUCCAAUCUUGUGCUGAUGUUUUUAUGGGAAUAAAAGCUUAGGAUGGAGAUAAAGGUUGAACCCAGUAAGUGACUCCUUUUUGUUCUAGAGGUUUUUGUGCAUCCAUAAUGUGUGUUCUUGCUCCUGUCUUCUCCCUGUACAGCUCCUGGUGCUAUAAUAAUAAUAAAACCUGUGAUUGAA